ACGCCAUUAAAUGAACCGUUGCGUAUCGUUGCUGGUUUGUCAAAUUAUUGAUGCGGUGGUUUGAAUUGAAGUGCGAAGCUCCGCAUUUCCAAUAAUAUUCGUUUUAUAUGUUAUAUUUUAAUUUAAGUAAAUGAAUUUGUGAUUUGUGUUGAGUUUAUAUUAUUUGUCGUAAGUGCUUAUUCAGUUAAUCAUGGUUCUCGCGGAACGAAGUACUGAUGUUCGAAACGGGAAGCGGUCGAGAGGGCCUAGCCCCAACGGCCAUGGAAGUCCAGAUUCCAGUUCUGAGGAUGAAAAUGUAGUGCCAUUUGCAGCUGAGAAGAUAAGAGUAGGACGGGAUUACCAGGCAGUGUGCCCCGAGCUCGAACCCUUGGAACAGCGAAGACCUGAACUAAUUUCUGACAGAGCAUUGCUUGUGUGGUCACCUACUUGUGACAUAUCUGACUCCAAAUUGGAUGAAUACAUAACUAUAGCCAAAGAAAAAUAUGGAUAUAAUGGUGAACAAGCUCUUGGUAUGUUAUUCUGGCAUAAACAUGACUUAAAUCGGGCCUCAAUGGAUUUGGCAAACUUCACACCCUUUCCGGAUGAGUGGACAGUGGAGGAUAAAGUGCUAUUUGAGCAAGCAUUCCAGUUUCAUGGCAAAAGUUUUCACAGAAUUAGGCAGAUGUUACCUGACAAAUCAAUAGCGUCUUUAGUUAAAUAUUACUAUUCAUGGAAAAAAACAAGAGCACGGACUUCACUGAUGGAUGUGGUUGGUGAAGGACGCACAGCUACAGGAUCAGGCACAGGCAAGCGGGACUCAGGUGCCGGGUCUGAGCCCGGAGGCUCGGACAAGGAGUCUGAUAAUGAUGAAAAGAAGUGGACUAUCCAUCGAGGUAUUGUCCGCGGGAGCAGGUCGCCCGGCCCGGCGACGCGCAGCGAGCGCAGCAGCUCGCAAGGCGCCCAGGGCGAGAAUGGCGGCGAGGGCGCGGGCAAGUGGUGCUCGGUGUGCGGCAUUCAAUGCUCCCAGACCACGGCGCACAACUCGCAAAAGCUGUGUCAGGCCUGCCUCGUGCACGCCAGACGCACGGGGACGAUGAGACCGCUCUGUGGCCCGUCGGGGCGGCGCGGGCCCGGCUCCAAACAGCAGCGAUACAAGCACCGGCUGCCGAGAGGCAUUUACAUCAAUCAUGAUGAUUUGGUGGCCAUGGCGACCGGCCCGCAGCCCGGCGAGCCUUCGCAGCCCGGGCUCGUCAAUCAGGGCGAGGCAAUGCUCAAAGCCAUGGACAGAGAAAUUAUAUCUCUCAAGAGACAAGUGCAACAGAAUAAGCAGCAACUGAGUGCAAUGAAACGAAAAGUGGGAGACAGUGGAGUUGAGGAACUGAGGCCUGGUGAGCCUCCGGCAAAAAUAAACUCACGAUGGACUAAUGAUGAGCUAUUAAUGGCUGUGACAGCAGUUCGGAAAUAUGGCAAAGACUUUCAGGCCAUCGCAGAGACAUUGGGCACGAAGACCGAAGCGCACGUGCGCACGUUCUUCAUCUCGUACCGUCGACGAUACAACCUGGACGCCGUGCUGCGAGAGCAUGAGGCUGACCGCGGCAACGCCAACCAUAUACCUGCAGGAACUACAAGCACGGAAAACGCUGAGAGUGCUGUUGAUAACUCUAACAAUGGGACAGCUUCCCCACAAAUCACAUCUAAGGAUGAAAAAACGGAAGUAGACAGCGAGGGCGUGGCCAUCGGCGCGCCGGCGGAACAGGGCGGGCCGCCCACCACGCCGCCCAAGCACAAGCCCGCCAAGUGAUGCCGCCAAACUGUAGGCGUGCCGGCGGAACAGGGCGGGCCGCCCACCACGCCGCCCAAGCUCAAGCCCGCCAAGUGAUGCCGCCACACUGUAGGCGCGCCGGCGGAACAGGGCGGGCCGCCCACCACGCCGCCCAAGCACAAGCCCGCCAAGUGAAGCCGCCACGCUGUCGGCGCGCCGGCGGUGCAGGGCGGGCCGCCCACCACGCCGCCCAAGCACAAGCCUGCCAAGUGAAGCCGCCACGCUGUCGGCGCGCCGGCGGAGCAGGGCGGGCCGCCCACCACGCCGCCCAAGCACAAGCCCGCCAAGUGAUGCUGCCACGCUGUCGGCGCGCCGGCGGAGCAGGGCGGGCCGCCCACCACGCCGCCCAAGCACAAGCCCGCCAAGUGAUGCCGCCACGCUGUCGGCGCGCCGGCGGAGCAGGGCGGGCCGCCCACCACGCCGCCCAAGCACAAGCCCGCCAAGUGAUGCCGCCACGCUGUCGGCGCGCCAGUGGAGCAGGGCGGGCCGCCCACCAUGCCGCCCAAGCACAAGUCCGCCAACUGAUGCCGCCACGCUGUCGGCGUGCCGAGCGGCGUUGCGCCUCCCCGCCGCCUGUAGGGCCAUGUGACAUACUAAUGGAGGGCCGAGCGGCAUUCGUUCACCGUGCAGGUCACAGGCGCUUAUGGUCCUAAUGGAGUUAGGGUUGUCCCAAAAACGAAUAAGUUAUUCGUACCUUAGUAUUUCGUUGCCGUCGUACGAGGUAAACGGUAAACAGAGUAGGAAUGAAAUCAUGGACACUUUUCUUCCAUUAUGAUAGAAGAAUCUGUAAUUCUGUGUAACAAUAAAACGUGUAAUUUUCAUGGAAUAAAAAGGUGAGGGGCACGUUUUUUUUUUUGUCAACUGUCCUUGUAAAGAUUAGCUCGAUGUCAAAAUGCCACAGUUUUAUAGGUGUGCUGAAAGUAUCCUUGAAAUGUAUAGUUUGGUGUAAGUUAAAAAUGCGAUAUUUUGGGAUUAAGCUAUAUUCAGGUGCAUUUGCCAAUUUUAAUGAAUUUAUACAGUCAUUGUCUCACAGGCUUGUCAUCCAUCGUCAAUCAAUCACAAAAUUAUUUGCUAGGUUUGCUAACAUUUAAACGAUUUAUUUUAUGAGUAUCAAAGCAAUAUGUUCACAAUUGGAAUAUUCAUUCUAUGACAUUUCUUAUAAGUCUUAUGUAAUGAAUUAUAAUUUUCCUACCAGGAGAUGUAGUAAAUAAAUCUUCAAAGAUGAUAAGUAUAAUAAGAAAUAACCCUCGUGGAGAUCAAGUAUUGUCACAAAAGAUCUAUUUUGUUGCUAUGAAAUUUCUAGUUUGCCUAAUAUUGAUAGUUAGGGAGUCUGUUUUGAAAUAUUUUAACAUUACACAACAUAUAGGAUGAUCACAAUCAGUCAGUACUUCACAAAUGAGAUAAAAAAUAUCAAUGUUAAUAAUGAUAAUUUAUCAUUAUUAUGUAAUAUGUACAUGUUACUUCUCGCAUUCCACAUUUGCGAAAUAAUGCCUGAUGUAAAUCCAGCUCCUAAGUCGUAAGUCUCAAUGUUAUGCACAAAAUGUGCAUGUGUAAAACGAAAUGGUGCAAAAUGUAAUAAAUAAUUAUGGAAGAUACGUGAUCUAGAUGAGGUUUUGUCGGCUGUAUAAUAAAAAGUUCAGAGUAACGCCAGUAUACGCUUCAGGAAAACAUCAUUUUAUUGAGUUGGAAUUUUAUUCAAGUUAUAAGACUGGGUUUUGUGAAGGCAAGUUUUGUCGUGUCAGAUGAUUAAUAUCGAAGUAGUGGUUUAGCAUUAUAUGCUUCUUACUUGCUUUUAUGAACUCCAUUCCAAAAGUCAGAUUUUGUUGACUUCUAAACGAAUGAUACGGCAUAUUCAUAAUGUAAUCACUUAAAGGAUGCAUCAUGGCAAAUUUUUAAAUCUAAACACUAUCUAUGAUCUCCUUGGAUUUGUGUGAUAGCGUUUCAACGUACCUAUAGGAAUAUUAUAUUCACUUGCCUUGAUUGAGGAUAAAUUAUGUCUCGUAUACUCGCAUCUUAAUAUACGCAUAUGACAGAGUACUGCAUGUAUUGCAGUGUUACUGAUAAUAGUUUUGUAUUAUAAAUAAGAGCAAAUAGUAGCUAGGCAUUUUCAUGUAGUCUUAAUUUAUGGAUAAGUGUAUUAUCUUAUCAAUUUUAAAUGUCCACGUCGCUUGUAGUUUUACGUUAAAACUAACAUUCAAUCUAUCUAUAUCCAAACAUUCUUUAUUCUACGAUGCUCGUAGAAGUCUGAUAUUCUUGGUUAUUUUGCGAAAAUUAUGUAUAAAAAACAAUAAUUAUAUUAAUUAUACAAUAAACUAAACAUUGGAAGCAAUGUUAAUAUCUUAAGAUAGCUAGGCAUCCGUUUUGAGCUGCACAUAUUUUUGUGGUCUGAAGCUGGCCUGAUAGUUUACAUGGGGUCAAUCAACAUUCAAUUCAUGACCAAGAUAACAUUUCUGCGACCAGUCAAGUAAUUUUUUUGUUCCAAAUAGUAAAUUAGUUAAAUCUAGUAGGAGCAGAUGAUAUAUCAAAAUAAUAUACUAUUAACGAUAUUUUUGUAUGUUAAAGGACAGCUCACAAUUUAGGGCAAUUAUGUGUGGAAGCGUGUUUUAUAGUUUGAAAUUUAACUUUAUUUUAUAGUAUUAUGACUUUUAAAUCUUAUUCUAAAUAGAUUUCAUUCAAUUUAGGUUAAUGGAUUUAUACUUGCGUAGUUUUAAAGCAUAAUGUACUAGUUUUAAUGUACGUACAUCACGAAUGAGAUGAUAUAUUUGGUCUUACCGAACCGAAGACGUGGUUACCGAUAUUAAGUUUUUAUUGACGUAGUGAUGUUUCAGUUUUUUAUGUAACUAACACCAGAUAUAAGCAUUUUAAAUGAAAUAUAAGCACUUCUUAUUUUCCGAAAAACAUUUGGCUACUUGUUUCGAAAAUAACAGGGAAAUGUCCGCCUAAAAGUGUUUUUUCGCUGUUAUAGCUUUCUAACACAUUUACGUAAGCAAUAUGUUUAAUUCAUAGUUUUGUAUAUUUUUAAUUUUAAGCGGGAUCAUCUUCGCUUCAAUAUGUGAUCAUGUAUUCUGAUUGAACUUAUAUUUAAGCUGGUAUUGGUUUUUUCUUAAUUGUAUCCUAGACUUGCUGAACGCCUGUAAAUAUUUAAACGCUGACAUUACUAUUUGCUUGUUAUAAUCCCAUUUAUAAAUUCCAUAAGAAUUCGUCGGACACAUCUUGAAAUGUAUUAGAAACAAAAUGUUAGUCUUAUUUACAUAUGUCAACAACUCCAAAGAAAUCCACAUAAUGAAGUCAUCUUAUUUAUUGAUGCUAAUUAGAGCAAGUAAGAUUAUUGUUGCUGAAUUAAAUUAUUUUUUAUUUAGAAUGAUGUGUUCUGUAUAUUAAGGAUAUUAAUCAUUUUCGUUUAUGAAGUUCUUUAUUAUUUAAGUUAAAGCUCAAAUAACCCGUGUUAGUCUAUGAGUGACGCUCUGAAUGACUUAUGGUUUCUACAAAUGAUUAGGUACAAUGUUUAAAAUCGAGGAUGCUUUGAUUUUGGUUUAAGGAUAUUAAAUAAGCAUAAGUACGUUAAA